AUGGAGAAAACUUUAGAAGCUGUUCCUUUGCAGAGGAAAAAGAGAGAAAAGGAAAAAUUCCGUAAAUUUUUUAUUGGUGGCCUAAGUUUUGAAACCACAGAAGAAAGUUUGAGGAACUACUAUGAGGAAUGGGGAAAACUUGCAGACUGUGUGGUGAUGAGGGAUCCUGCAAGUAAAAGAUCAAGAGGAUUUGGUUUUGUAACUUUUUCUUCAAUGGCUGAGGUUGAUGCUGCAAUGGCUGCAAGACCUCAUUCAAUUGAUGGGAGAGUGGUUGAGCCAAAACGCACUGUAGCAAGAAAGGAAUCUGGAAAACCGGAGGCUCACGUAACUGUGAAGAAGUUGUUUGUUGGUGGAAUUAAAGAAGAUACUGAGGAACAUCACCUUAGAGAUUACUUUGAGGAAUAUGGAAAAAUUGAUGCUAUUGAGAUGAUUACUGAUAGGCAGUCUGGAAAGAAAAGAGGCUUUGGCUUUGUUACUUUUGAUGACCAUGAUCCUGUUGAUAAAAUUGUAUUGCAGAAGCACCAUAGCAUCAGUGGUCAUAAUGCUGAAGUGAGAAAGGCUUUGUCUCGACAAGAAAUGCAGGAAGUCCAAAGUUCUAGGAGUGGAAGAGGAGGGAACUUUGGAUUUGGAGAUUCACGUGGUGGUGGUGAUGGAAAUUUUAGACCAGGACCGGGAAGUAAAUUUAGAGGAGGAUCUGAUGGAUAUGAAAGUGGCCAUGGAUUUGGAGAUGGUUAUAAUGGGUUUGGAGGAAGACCUGGAGGUGGCAAUUUUGGAGGUAGUCCUGGUUAUGGAAGAGGAAGAGGAGGAUAUGGUGGUGGAGGACCUGGAUAUGGCAACCAGGGUGGGGGCUACGGAGGUGGUUAUAACAACUAUGGAGGAGGAAUUUAUGGAAGUGGAAAUUACAAUGAUUUUGGAAAUUAUAACCAGCAACCUUCUAACUAUGGUCCAAUGAAGAGUGGAAACUUUGGUGGUAGCAGGAACAUGGGGGGACCAUAUGGUGGAGGAGACUGUGGUCCAGGAGGCAGCAGAGGAAGUGGGGGUUAUGGAGGGAGGAGCCGAUACUAA